AAGUUUCAUUCAUAAAUCCAGAGGACAGCGAACAGAGCGGAUUACUAGCUGUAUAAAGACUUUCUGAAAAGAGACUUUUGUGAAUUGUUUUUAAUCAAAGACUUAUUGUUGUGUUUUUACUGUGAACUUUAAUAUCUACACAUACUGUGUAUCUGGAAUGGCCGAUAGUUGUUUUAUUAAUCUCGAAAGUGAAGUUUUCGAUGAUCAAAUCGUACCGGACACAGACGAUUGUUUCUUGCCUCCCAGCGAGCCACAGCUGCCAGGGAAUUCACAUGUAAGUAAUGUGAAACCGGUAGAUGAUUGGGACAAAUACAUAACAUUUCUAGACAUUCCUAAUGGCAAGCCCACAAGGAGAGAGAGCUCGUCUCUCGUGGAUGAGUUCUUUGGCGACUGCAAAGACAAUCCAGACCUUCUGGCGGCCAAAAAGAUGAUUUCCGCCGGCCUUUAUCGAGGAACGGACAUGUCCAUGCUUCGAACUGGCUUACUGAACGCCACUAAACAACAGAUUAUUCAACACGCUAUCGAAGGUCCGCGCAGAACGAGUUCGUCUUUGGUUGAUGAAUUCUUUGGAAAGGAAUCAUCACCAAAACCAACAGAAAAUAAAUCAAAGGCCCCGGGUCUCCAGGUUACUAAGUUCCAGAAUGGAUUCGAUAUGGAUGCUACAUACGUCUCAUACGAAAACAAUUUAGUCAACGGCACACACAAACGCUUACCUGGUGGAGCAACGAAUAACUCUUCGGGGACAUCAAUGUGGGACAAUCUUAGAGCAUGUAUCAAUAUAGCCGACGACGACAGAGAUAGUGAGAUUGAAAUGGACGAUACUCCGAUAGUGCCUAUAAUAAAAGUAGAGGACACUAGUGAUAAGCCUUCAUGUCAGUUUCACAAUUCCAGCUUUGACAAUGUACAAGUAAAACAAGAAACUCCAUCAAGUUGUAUGUUAAGUGAAAAUACAAGUUCUGAUCAAUUUAUGGACAGACCAAAAUCCUUGAAUAUCCCAGUGCCGCAAUUAUUACCUACUUCAUCAUCGCCAAUGGUACAAUAUAUAUCGCAAUAUAGCUCCGGUGGUGUAGUUAGAAGCCAGACACCGAUGUCUCUGAACUACAGUUCGACCCCUACACCGCCUCACACUGUGCCAGUCUUGAUGCCACCAACGCCACCAAACUCGCAGCCAGGCAGUCCAAGCACCGGUCUAGACUUACGCAGAACUCCUCCACCUCCAUACCCUGGUCUGAUACCAGGCCGAGUCCCACUGCCGGGUUCAGUUUUGAACCUGAGUCCAAUGCUGAGCGUUCCAUCCCCAGGAAGCCACCAUUUGCCAAAGAAGCCACAAAGGACGCAUCCAGGUUGUUCUACAAUAAAAUACAACAGAAAAAAUAACCCAGACUUGGAGAAAAGACGAAUCCACUUCUGUGAAUUCCCUGGUUGUCGUAAAGCCUACACAAAGAGUUCUCAUUUAAAAGCCCACCAGCGGAUCCACACGGGCGAAAAACCGUACCGUUGUCAUUUCCAGAGUUGUCAGUGGCGAUUCGCGCGCUCCGACGAACUUACACGUCACAUUAGGAAACACACGGGCUCCAAGCCAUUCAAGUGCAAGGUGUGCGAUCGGUCCUUUGCCCGCUCAGAUCAUCUGGCUCUCCACAACAAGCGUCACGAACCCAAGAAUAAGACCACGUGACUUGUUGAAGGAAAUUCGGACAGUUUUAGGAGAGAAAUUUGCAGAUCACUUAGCUCCACUGAGCAGAACUUUAUUGAUCACAAGUUGUCCUCGCACGGGCAUUUUAGUCGUUGUUAUGGGAACGAUUGUGAACUGUUACAGUUAACAGACAAUUGUUGUCUGUUGGACACUGGGGGUUAAAUUUUGCCCGGAGUCUGUCGCACAGACUGGAAGAUGUUCUUGAAAGGUCAGAGAAUGGUGUAUUUGCAGAGAGAAAAGAAAAGACUUGAUUUUGUUUGGCCGAGUACUGGUCAUGCUUAACUGUUGAUACGAAUCGAUCUUGGUUAUAUUGUGAUAGUCACUGUGUUGUCGUAAAUUAGUUAAAGUUUUAGAGUUUAUUUGUUCACAGUAUAGUCUCAUUGUGAGUUUCAUUUAAAGCAAUCACUUUAGGUGUUGUCUUGUCAACAGUUGAUUGACUUUAGGUAUUGUUAGUGCUUUUAAGGACCCUAUCUGGAGCACUUUGCUAGUUUGUUUUAUCUAAUUUCAGCCUUUUAACAUUGUUAAUGUUUGCAUAUCAUAUUACAUUUUCUUUGUUAACAUAUUUUUGAAAGGCGAAAAUAUUUUCAGAAUGAAAGAUUCCAAUCAUGUUGAAAUGUGCUAAUUAUAGCUGGCUAGAAAGAAAAAAAACAAAUGUUUAUGUUGUUACUGUUUGCUCAAAAGGCAGAUGUUUUUAUGUGCUAAUGUGUAAAUGACACAAGUUUAUAUACUUUUUACUGUUGUUAACAUCAUAUCAUUUAGACUCAUAUUUUACACCUCUUUCAUGUAUUUCAUUGCUGUAUGAAUUCCAGUCUUAAAACGGGUCAUUAUCCCAGUGUGAAUAUUUAUGAACAUUUGUACUAAAUUCCUCUUUGCUUUUUUUAUGAGAAUAAAAAUGACUUGAUCGACCAUUUUAUUUUGCUUGCUACUUCUGCGAUCAGACAGGAUGAAAUGACUGUUCAAUUAUUUUUGUUUACAUAUUCCAGAUAGCUCACUUUACCUCGAAGCGCAUUUUUUGUACUCAUAUUUAUUGCAGAUCAUUAUUGGAAACAUAGUUUUGCAACAUUUUCCCUUUCUCAAUUCUUGCUAAUAAAUCGGGAUUUCAAGACUGGUGUUUUAGGGAAAUAAGAAACGGAAGGCCUUGCUUGUUUUUUUGUCUUUUUAAAUUCUAGUUGUGAUACCUAGUGAAUACAACAACGUUAUGGAUUGUCUGAUGAAAUAGUUUUAUAUUUUUCCAGUAUAUGCUUGUAAAACUUACGUUGAAAAAAAAAAAGAAAUGCGAAAAUAAAGUUGAAUAUUUUUACAA